UUGAUAUUGAUGUUGAUUGGGUAGACUAGGUUCCAUACCCAGUACCCAUUCAGAUUUGGGGGUUUUUGCCCUCCAAUCCCUUGAAUUUCGUAGUUGUUCUUGUUAAGGAUUGAAUCCAUGGAUAACGGUCUUCGAUUUUUACCAUCCAAUGUUGUGCUUCUCCGUUCGUAUCUGUUUCCCAGGAUGCGCGGAGAAAAUAAGCCAAAUAAUCCAAACGACUAUAUUCAUUUCUUGCCAAAUGACUCUCUUCUUUCUCAGAGUUUAAACGAAAUUCUAGAGACAUAUCCCAUACCCAAACAGCAUACUAUUUCAUAUUAUCAACAACGCAAAUACCUAAAGUUGGAACAUAAAAUGGUAUAAUUGUGGAAGGAGUCAAGAGAGUUUUGGUCUCCCCAGUAGGUCAAUCACAAGUUGGGUUGGGAGAAUUUUACGGCAAUGCCACUGAAUAUGCGUACAUGCAAGAUGAGCAUAACACUGGUUUGUCUAUGACCAGUUUGGAGGCCGACUUGAAUGCAGUGAUGAAUCACGGCGGCGUAGCUUUGCUACCGGAACAGCUUCAGCUUGAUUGGAGGAUCGGAAAAAUUUUUCCUCGCCCGCACAAAAACGCGAUAAUUUUUCAUAGUCGGGAUUCUUGGGAAGUGCUAACGUUUAAUAUGAAGGAUACCCUGCCAGGCUGCCACCACAGCCAGGAGGGCCAGCAAGGCACUGAGGCCGCACCACUGCCACCCACGGUCGCACCACUGCCGCCACCAUUACCCCCAGGCGCUGCAGGAUUCCAAAUAUCUUAGGUUUAUUUUCAUUGUGUUUAAAGAAGUUUUUAGUUGUUAAAGAAAAGGGUUUUAGUUCUUUUAUUCUACAGUCAAACAAUUCAGGAUUUUGAUAAGUGGAAUUUGGAUGUUUGCCA